UGGCUGGGAGGGGCGGGGCUCUUGCUGCGGGUCGCCUCUUGGGGGCAGUGGCUCUCAUCACAGCCUGGGCAGGCUGUGGAAGCCAUGAGGUCCACCAACCAGCAGGGAUGGGAAGAAUUCAUCCGGCCGUGGGCCUUUUCUUGAGGACUGCCCUGUGAGACUCUGAUUGGAGACAGGAGGCUGCACCACCAUAAAGGCGCUGUGAUUUAGACAGCAAUGGUGAGACGCCACUGAAGUGCCGGCAAGGAUGGGGCUGGUGAGCAGCAAGAAGCAGGCGAAGAAGGGCAAGAGCCACUGGAGCUCCGUGACGGUCAGCACUCAGAGCAAGGCGCCCCCACCACUGCCGCCCCUGGUCGUCCCGAACCACCUGGACCCCCCACCUCCCAGUGAACUCCCGGACCAAGAGGCACAUUUUGUGGUGGCCCUGUAUGACUACGCCGCUGCCAAUGACCAGGAUCUGCAGAUGGUGAAGGGGGAGAAGCUGCAGGUCUUGAAGGAAACCGGAGACUGGUGGUUGGCAAAGUCGCUCGUCACCGGGAGAGAAGGCUAUGUGCCCAGCAACUUCGUGGCCGGAGUAGAGACCUUGGAGGUGGAAAAGUGGUUUUUUAAGUCAAUCAGCCGGAAAGAGGCAGAGAGGCAGCUGCUUGCUCCAGUCAACAAGGUGGGCGCCUUCCUCAUCAGAGAGAGCGAGACCAGUAAAGGUGCCUUCUCUCUGUCGGUGAAGGAUGCCUGCCCCCAGGGGGAGGUGAUCAAGCACUAUAAGAUCCGCUCCCUGGACGAAGGGGGAUACUACAUCUCGCCCCGUGCCACCUUCCCCUCCCUGCAAGCCCUGGUGGAGCACUAUUCUGAGAAGGGCGAUGGGCUAUGCCAGAAGCUGACCCUGCCCUGUGUACGUGUGGCUCCUCAGAGCCCCUGGGCGCAGGACGAGUGGGAGAUCCCCCGGCAGUCUCUCAAGCUGGUCCGGAAGCUUGGGGCUGGGCAAUUCGGCGAAGUCUGGAUGGGUUACUACAAGAACAGUGUGAAGGUGGCCAUCAAGACCUUGAAGGAAGGAACUAUGUCUCCAGAAGCCUUCCUGGGUGAGGCCAACCUCAUGAAGACCCUACAGCAUGAGAGGCUGGUCCGGCUCUAUGCCGUGGUCACCAAGGAGCCCAUCUACAUCGUCACCGAGUACAUGGCCCGAGGCUGCUUGCUGGAUUUCCUGAAGACAGACGAAGGUAGCAAAUUAUCCCUCCCGCAGCUGAUUGACAUGUCAGCCCAAAUUGCUGAAGGCAUGGCGUACAUAGAGCACAUGAAUUCUAUCCACCGCGACCUGAGGGCGGCCAACAUCCUGGUGUCAGAGGCGCUGAGCUGCAAAAUUGCUGACUUUGGCCUAGCCCGCAUCAUCGACAGCGAGUAUACCGCCCAGGAGGGAGCCAAGUUCCCCAUCAAGUGGACAGCGCCGGAAGCCAUCCACUUCGGGGUGUUCACUAUCAAAGCCGACGUGUGGUCCUUUGGAAUCCUCUUGAUGGAGAUUGUUACCUACGGACGUGUGCCCUACCCAGGCAUGAGCAACCCCGAGGUCAUCCGCAGCCUGGAGCGUGGCUACCGCAUGCCGCGCCCGGACUCCUGUCCGCCAGAGCUGUACCGCGAUGUCAUCACCGAGUGCUGGCGAAGCCGGCCAGAGGAGCGGCCCACCUUCGAGUUCCUGCAGUCGGUGCUGGAGGAUUUCUACACCGCCACCGAGCGCCAGUACGAGCUGCAGCCCUGAGACCCCGCCGGCUCACCUGCGCCAGCCUCUGAGGCCGAGGGAUGGGCCGCACCUGCCGAUCCACGUGAAGCCUCCGCGAAGCCCCGCUCACCUCCCGCUCACCUCCCGGGUCGUCUUCAGGCCCCAGAUGAGCCAAAUGGGAUGGGGGGAGGCAGGGAAGUGCCCUGCGUGCCCAUGUGUCAGAUAAGCAAAGCCGAGGUGGAGGCGGGUCCCGGCCCCCACCGUCCCCUGCUGCACUAGCCUGGUGUCCCUGCGCCCUGGCUCCUUACUAAAACCGGAUAGGCCCCAGGGCGCAUCCCCGCAGCGCGUUUGCACUGAGGCCGACCCGGGCACCCCGGGCGAGGUGGGCAGGGCAGGGCCUGGCCUGGAGCAGGUGUCACCUCUGGCCCGGAGUCGCGCCCUGUCGUUGCGGGGCCCUGACCCAGACUGCACCCCGCACUUUGGGAUUUUUCUGUGAUAAAGUCACGUGAGUCUG